AUGCCACUAAGAUUAUUAGUGUCAAGGUUCAAAGAACGAAGAGAAGUGCAGUACCCGACACUAGAAGAAACCGGACAGCAGGACAAUGAUACCAUCUCUCAAAAUCCAACACAACAAAACAAUGACCCAGAGAGGGUUAUAAAUAAAGAAGGCAGUGUAUACACGACUGAUCUUGAUAGUGUGGAAGAUGAAGAACGAGUAACAAGAGGAGAAGGUGAGGAUCCCAACAACGAGGAUCAACUAACCAUUCGACAGCUGAGAGAGCGUCUCGCACGAGACAGGCGAAUUGAAAGAGAAUUACUGCAAGGACUCGAACGAAGCAGAGCAAGAGACAUAGAGUCAGCAGAAGAGCGAACAAAUUUGGCAAGACAAAAUGCCUUGUUGAUGGAAGUAAAUCACAGACUGAAUGAGAACAUACAAACGCGAACUCAUACUGGAGAAACAGAAACUCAAACGAGCAGAAGUUCACCAAGGAGAUGGAGGAGACAUCGCAGUGAGGAAAAAGAAGUACAGAACGACCAUGCUGAGUAUGAAAGGGAGGUGCGUGAAAGAGAGCGCGAAAGAGAAAAUGCACGAGAUCUGGAAAUGAGGUCUCAGGAACGCAGAGCAAGAAGAAGAAACCAAGAAAGAAGAGAGAACUUGGGACAAGGAAUGCGAGUGUACAACAGCGAAAAAGGAAGCAGCUCGGAGCGCGAAAACCAAAGAUUCAGAAGAGAAACUAGUCUGGAAAGGGAAACUAGAAUAUCCAUAGAAAUAAGCGCGAUAGAGCAGAGGGAAUUAGAAGCAGUCGCACAGACAUAG